AUGUCCAAAAUUUUUAGUGAGUCGCACUCCCAUACGAAAAAUAAUUCCGAUGAGAAAUCAAGAAUAGAAGAUGACUUAAUAUCAAACUCAGGAAGUAAUUCAAGUUCCAUUAAAUUAAAUAGGAAAAGCGUUUAUAGUAAAAAUUCUAACGUUCAACAACUACUAGCAAGAAUAGCUCAGGAAAUUGAUGAAAGAAAGCCGAGCAAUGUAAUACACUUUAUUGUUGAUUUUUUAUGUAAACACUACCCGAAGCAUUUACAUGGUUUUGAGGCUGUAUGGAACGGAGAUCCUGACUUGGAACAAGAAAGAAUACUGGUGGUUGAAUUUUUCAAGCAUCAAAAAUUACCAGUAGAAAUAUCUGUCCAUUUUAUCAGUGCUGGAUUUGACACAGUUGAAACUUUAUGUACAUUAUCUACGAAUUCCCUUGAUGAUGUAGAAAAAUUUAAUAAUAUUAGAUGGUUACCUGGACAUAAAAUUCGAUUGCAACAAACCUUUAACGAUAUUACUAACAGAGUUAGAAAUUUCAAAGAACAAAGAGAUACGUUAGUAAAAUCUCUGAAACAAGAAUUCCUAAGUACAUCAUCUUUACUUAAUUCUAUUAUAGUUCCAAAAAGAGUAAAUCCUAUGCUUAUGCCAAUUCUUCCGCGUGCAACUUCCCCAUUUAAUGUUUCUACUAGAACAGGCAAUUAUUUAACAAUAGGUAAAACAAUACCUACUUCCCAUAUUUUCAAAGGGUAA